AUGCCACGAUCAGUACCCAUUUCACUUGAUCAGUUAAUUACACAACAGAGCAAAGGAAAAUUAAAGGAUGAGACUAUUGACCGUUCUCACACUAAAUAUGUUUCAAAGGUACAGAGAGAGAAGAUAGAGGCCGAAAAGAAGAAGAGACAAGUUGAAGAAGCGAAACAGGUCAGAGAAACCAGGAAACUUGAAGCUAAACAAGUCAGGCAAGUUGAAGAACCCAUCAAGGCUAGAAAAGCUGACAAGAAACAAAGUUCAAGUCUUCAACCAAAAAAACAGUUUCAAUUUGAAUGGGGAAACGAAGAAGAUACGUUAGGAGAUUUUGAACCAAUUAUAGAGACAGACGACUUGACAAAUGAUCAGCUUCUUCGCAAAAGAAGGAAAUACGAUGAUAUUCACUGGUCUCAGAAACCAUUAGAUAAGAUGACACCACGAGAUUGGCGAAUCAUGAAGGAGGACUACAAUAUUAGUUCGAAAGGUGGAAAGAUGGAAAAUCCUAUAAGGUAUUGGCAGGAGAUAGAGAUUGAUGGUUUGUUACUCAAACAACUUGAACGACUAGGUUAUAGAGAGCCUACACCUAUUCAAAGGGCUUCUAUACCGACAGGUUUGAAGAACCGUGAUGUAAUAGGAAUCGCAGAGACUGGUAGUGGUAAGACUCUUGCUUAUAUUAUUCCAAUUCUCAAUUAUGUGCUGAGACUUCCACCUUUAGCUGGUUUUGAGGGACCGUAUUCGUUGAUACUUGUUCCAACCAGAGAGUUGGCAUUGCAAGUUGAGAAAGAGUUUGAGAAAUUUUAUCGGCACCUUCGAUUUACCGUUGCCAGUUUGAUUGGAGGCCAUAGUUACGAAGAGAACGUGGCAAAGUUGGCGAAUGGGGCUGAAAUAGUCAUAGCUACACCUGGAAGGUUGAUCGAUUGUAUAGAGAGAAGCAUUGUGAAUCUUGAAAAAUGCUAUUUUCUUGUUCUUGAUGAGGCAGACCGAAUGAUAGACAUGGGAUUUGAGGAGCAGGUGAGCCAAAUUUUGGAUAAAUUACCAUCUGGAGAUACUAAUCCGUUUUAUUUUGGAGAAAAGGGGGGUAAACCUCAAAGAACUACAAUGAUGUUCACCGCUACUAUGCCAGAGGCUAUAGAGAAGAUAGCCACAGCAAGUUUACUUGAUCCUGUCACCGUUAUGGUUGGAGAAAUAGGUGAGGCAGUAGAAAGUGUCACCCAAAUAGCGAUUAAGACGUCAAUGGAUGAUGAUAAAAAGCUUCUAACGCUAAGAAAGAUUCUUGAAAGACGUAACUAUAGACCCCCGGUAAUCAUAUUUGCCAAUUACAAGAAGACUUGCGAAAUAAUAGGUGAUUAUUUGUCCCAGUCAGGAUUCAUUCCAGUUGUUAUGCAUGGAUCCAGGACCCAGGAACAGAGGGAAACUGCCAUAAGAGAAUUAAAGACAGGUAGAGCAGAUAUCUUGGUGGCUACGGAUGUGGCAGGAAGAGGUAUUGAUAUUCCAAAUGUCUCGUUGGUCGUAAACUACCAAAUGACUAAGGGAAUUGAAGAGUAUACACACAGAAUUGGUCGUACAGGUAGAGCAGGUAAGAAAGGUACUGCUAUUACCUUUUGGAAUGAAGAGACCGAUAAAGAUGUACUCUAUGCUCUCAAACAGAUGAUCCUUAGAAGUCCUUCAAGUAGAUGCUCAGAAGACUUGGACAAGAAUCAAUAUGCAAACAUCAAGCUGGAGAAGAAUAUCACUAACUAA